AUGGUUACUGGUAUUAGUGAACUCGAGAGUGCGAGCAACGCACUAGGAGCCGCGCUGGACGAAUAUCUUGAUGCUUGUUUCGCUACUCCCAACCCCAAGAUAACAUCAAAGACUGAGAGUGUUGUUUGCGUACCGAACUCGAACUCUCAUGAAUUCAUUGCUCAGGAAUACCCAAGAGCUACCUUUUUUGAGGCCCAAAUACAACGAGCUAAGGCCGCCAUUGGCGAGGCGAUAAACAGUUCCUCUGUAACGGCGCCUAUGAAAGUACUCCCGACCGAGGUACUCACUCGCAUCUUUCGGCUUGCGAUCGGUACAGAACCUUGCACGCUUAACCUAUGGCCCGUCGAGACACAGUACCUGGUCUUGUUAACUCAUGUUUGUGCCCACUGGCGUCGGAUUAUUGUUGGCACCCCACUCUUUUGGACACACAUCGAUGCCACCCCCCACAUAUACAAUAGUGAGAGGUUACAAGAUCGCAGCCGGAUCUUCUUAGAACGUGCUGGCAGCUCCCCGCUUGAACUUCAUAUCUCUACUCCUUAUCCUACGGACGAGUACUGGGAAGCUACUGGCUUGAACGAGUUCUUCAUUCCACUUAUCCCUCGUAUUCAAUCUCUAGAUCUCGAUUUUGCUUCAUCCGUACUUUCUAAAUGUUUUGGUACGAGCUGUUUACCUGAAACGCUCAGCCAGGCUAGCCUGAGAACGAGCAUUUGUAACCAUAUCGGCCACCUCUUCAUUGAGUCUGCCGAGGCCGGGCCUGGCGAUAAUCAGCUUUUACUUGAAGCCCCUGAAACUCACCUCCGUAAUGUUUGGGGAGGAAUUAGGGUUCUCAGGUUGGCAUCCAUAUUCCCUUCCUGGACGAGUAUCGCAUAUUCUGGUCUUGUCGAACUCAGCCUAGGAACUUACGACAGUUACAACAGAGUAGACAUUUCCGUGUACCACUUAGCUCAGAUCUUAUCCUCGAGCCCUGAGUUACGCGUGUUGGAUUUUGGACUCUGUAUCAUUCCUAGCGAUAACCUACCUACAGCUGUGUCACUACCCCACCUACAAACGCUGAUAAUGCGGCCGAAAUCCAAGAGUGAUCUUGAAUACGUCAUGAGACUACUUACUCCUGGCUCUGAACCCCUGCACAUGGCAAUUUGCUCUUCGCUGGCUGGUCCGGACGAAACAUACACCACUGCAGAGAUAGCCAGGUUCUUUGCGCGCUCAAAUGUGGCAACACUGCACUUUGUGGGAAUCACCAGCUGUCUCGGACUACUAAGCCUUGUGAAUGGCCUACAAACCCUCACGCUCACCAUAUACUCAAGUGAAGAUAUGAAAUCCAUUUUUGCUUACGAGAAACCUUGCCAUCUUCACCCAAAGAGACUUCACCUGCUAAGUGUAAAUCCAGACGAGUUGGCUAUUGGUACGCUUUUGCAACUCGCCAAGUUGUACGUUCCCCAGCGACUGGUGGUAUGGGUGCCAUACACUAUUACCCGGGGGCCUGUCCCCAAAAUACAUAGCACAACUUUAGUUGAGCAAGAGUUAUCUAACAUUGGUAUCACCGGCAAGGUUGUUAUUUCAAAAUCACCCAACCCUACAGAGUACUCCCUAAUGUCGUUCUAA